UUAUCAGCUUGCUCUCUCCCACAAUUCAACAGGCAACAGAGGGAGAGAGGAAGAGGCCGACAGAAAGUAUUGAAAUAUUACAAUACAACAUAAACAGACAAAGUUAAAAAACGAGGAACCAUUACAACAGACUUUUGUUUUGUUUUUCUAGCUAGCGAGAUACAGUUGCUUCCACGAAAUGUUUUUGACUGCAAAGCUAGCUUGCUAGCUAGCCGACUGGCUAAGCUAAGUAGCUAGCAAGUUAGUUCAGCUCGGUUCCGGAUUAAAAUAGUUAGCUACAUUUUCAGAUUUCGGAAAAACCCCAAUUAAAGUGUACAUUACCACGUAUGCAGAUGGUCAUCUAACGAAGACAAGGGAAAGCUGAUGGAACAUUAGUCCAACUGAGUCACCGAUAGUCAUGCAAUGGGGAUGAGCGCUCUGCAGUGUGUACGACCAGCUGUCUCCAGCCUGAUGGGAGGACUCUGUGGAUAGCAGCACCUUCUUCAGGACUCCAGGAGGAGAGUAGCCGUCCCAUUUCCAUGCCCAGCUCCCCGCCCCUGCCAAGGAGGGCCAUUCAGAAUGAAGAAAAUCAGCCUUAAGACCAUCCGCAAGUCUCUCAACAUCAAGGUCAAGGAGGAAAAUGGGGGGGACUUUGUCACGCUCCAGCAGCCGUCGCUAGCGGCCGACUUCUCCAAGGAGGACUCGCUCUUCGGGGGCUGCUACACUAAAGAUCUUGCGGGCUGCAACCUGGGAAUUGGUGAUGUGGGAGAGGAGAAGGCGGGACACAACAAGGGCCGGUCUAAGAGCGAGAGCCUGAUGGGUUCUCUGAAGAGGAGGCUGUCGGCCAAACAGAAGGCCAAGUUCAAAGGUGGCUUGACGGCCAUGGGGUCGGCUGAUGAUGAUGAUGAUGACACCUUCUCCUCCUCCUCAGUCCCCAUCAGCUUCAACGAGGUCAAGGCCCAGCGGCCGUUACGAUCAGCGUCGCUCCGUAGCCACCAUUACAGCCCGUCUCCCUGGCCCCUGCGGCCUGUCGCCUCAGACGAGGCCUGCAUCAAAAUGGAGGUGAAGGUUAAAGCCAUGGUCCAUUCCCCCAGCCCCAACCUGAACGGCGUGCGGAAGGAGUUCCACCACCAUGACUUUCAGAUGGAGGACAUCUUCCAGGAGCAGGCAGAGUCCCUGAAGAACCUCCAGCAGCCCCAGAACGGAGACCAGCUGCACCUGAACACUGACAAACACGUGCCUGUAGUCCUGGGCCUCACGCCGCAGGACUACAUCCAGUACACCAUGCCUUUAGAUGAGGGAAUGUACCCAGAGGGGUCCCACUCUGUCUCCCACUCCUUCUGCCUGGACAGGUCCUCGCCCAUGGAGGUGGUGACGGAGGCGGACAGUAGCUCCCUCCACCUCCACGCUGACCACCAGAGUCAGGAGGAUCUGGUGGGUCUGAACCUGAACCUCCCAGCGGACCUCUUCAUGGAGUCACAGUCUGUGAACGGCCUCUUCAUCGGCUGUAACGGUGUGAUGCUCCAGAGCUGCAGGGACAGGGUCUACCCUCAACAACACCCACCUCCUCCCCCGCGCUCCCCUCUCCUGCCCGCGCUACCCAGCAGCGACAUCCCCAGGACUUACUCCAGGUUCAGCGGGGCAGACAGCCAUGUGGCGGCACGGGUGAGGCACCACCUGAACUUUGACCCCAACUCUGCUCCGGGGGUGAGCUGGGUGUUUGACUCAGUCCAGAGCAGUGGGCCCAUGGUGGUGACCAGCCUGACUAAGGAGCUGAAGAAGCUAGCCAGGCAGGGUUGGUACUGGGGGCCCAUCACACGCUGGGAGGCUGAGGAGAAGCUGGUCAACCUGCCUGACGGCUCGUUCCUAGUCAGGGACAGCUCGGAUGACAGGUACCUCCUCAGCCUGAGCUUCCGCUCCCAGACCAAGACCCUCCACACCCGCAUCGAACACUCCAACGGACGCUUCAGCUUCUAUGAGCAGCCCGACGUGGAGGGACAUACGUCCAUGGUGGACCUGAUAGAAUACUCCAUCAAAGAUUCGGAGACCGGAGCCUUCUGUUAUUCUAGAUCUCGCUUACCAGGGUCCGCCACCUACCCCGUCAGGCUGACCAAUCCCGUGUCUCGGUUUAUGCACGUGCGCUCCCUGCAGUACCUGUGUCGGUUUGUGAUCAGACAGUACACCAGGAUUGACCUGAUUCAGAACCUGCCUUUGCCCAAUAAGAUGAAAGACUACCUGCAGGAGAAGCAUUACUGACUGGGUUGACACAGACAUGAGAUGGGACAGACAAUGUUAGCAACUUGCACUUUUGGGUUCAGUUUAAGAGAUUCAACAAAGGUUUACAGACGUCCAAAGUUUGGAGACGGUCGAUUGGGUUCCAUUGUCUCUUUGUGUCUGAAAUGGAGCCCAAUUCUUUAUGCCCAGAGCGCUAGCUAAAACUAGUGCACUGUAUAGGGUGUCAUUUCAGAUUACCCCUUGGUUAUUUUUGUCGGUGUCCAGUCUUCCAUUUCUCAGUUAAAGGGUUAAGUCAUUGUGGCCAAGCCUCCAGAGAGACCUGUCAUAGAAUCUGUCAGGAAGUACGCAGCAUGACUAAGUUACAGUAAACAACAUUUAUCAGCAGUGCGAUAUGGAGAUCAUUAUUUCUCUCCCAGUUGCUGUAGUAGACUGGAAACGCUAGAAUGGCAAGUUCAGCCUGAAAAAGUCAAUAUUUAGCCUUCUGACUGAAACCAUAAAACUGCCUUGGGUUUGACAUCUUAAAAGGCUGCAGUGAAUGAAAUGAAAUGAAAUGCAAUAUAAAAUUUUUUUGACGCUUUAUUUGAAAAAUCUCCAACAACUCAAAAUGCAAUGGGGCGUAUCUUUUGACAAAGAUAUUUGUUUGUUUGUUGCAUAAACUGAUUUUAUCCUCUUAAUUUCUGAGUUCUUAAACAGGAUGAAAUUCAACCUUAUUUGUCAUCCAUCAAGUUGGUUAAUGACAACGGCUACUAAGAAGCGUAAGCUGUGCGUGGUUGCAUGUAGAUGAUUUUAUCUUUCCCACUAUAUAAUGGUACUAUUAGGAUAGAUAAAAGCUGGGUUCUAUGUCGCCAUGCACUUCAACAUAAUAGUCAUGCAUCAAUAUCAUGGCUUUUAAAUGCAAAUAUCAGUAACUAAGUAAUUGACAAUAAACCGGAAGAUAAACUGCUUCUGUAGUAGGAGUGCCAAAUAAGCUGCCCUAAGACCAACUAAGUGCCGUGUUCUGUACAUUAUGCUUUAGCUCUGUGUGCAGGAAGGGCUUUGAACUGUCAGACGCUGUAGAGACUUAGGCCUACUCGGUACACAGGACAGAAAAGUAUCAACUGUAAAAAGGGAAAGUCACAAAUACAUUUUUCAUUUCUACAGCAACAUUUAUCAGUAAACACAUUUUAAGGAAACCCGGUGAAAGGAAUCUAAAAAAAUGGGGCUGGCUUAGGUCGAGGCAUUUGGGGAAAAGACAGAAUAGAUUAAUAUUGGAGCCCCUUCCUUAUAUUUGGGAAUGCGCUAUAGGGGAGUGGGAGGGGAGAUGUAUGUGACAGAAUUCCCUCCCAGCGCAGUAAUGUUCUGCUCCAUGGAGAAUGAGAUCCAGGCUUUUGUGUGAAGUUUGCCCAAUGACUUGCAUGAGUGAUGUCACGCUGUCUGUCAUACUCUCGACUUCAUGGCAGUUUUCCAGUUUGACAUUAAAAAAAUGUAUCCACUGUCACGCUUAUUGUCAAUGUUAACCUACAUAUUCCCAGUCUGUCUGGGCUGUUUAUAUCAGAACAAAGGGAAAUCAGAGCACACAGUGUGCAAGUGCUUUCAAAACAGAUACUUUGACAAGGAAUCACAGUUUUACAUAUGUUAAAAGGAUCUCUGUCUACUUUGGUAGCUUGGCAGAUAGAAAUCUAUAGCAUAGACCUAGUUAGUAAAGAUCUGUUGGUAUCUAAGGUGGUUACCAUGACACCCGGACAGCAGAGGUUAGAUAAGAUCACCAGACGUUGUUGCCAUGUUUCAAAAGUGUUGCAUAAAUAUUUGUUGGCAUUUUUAUUGCUUUGAACUGUAUAGGAAUGAAGGAUGUAGGUAAUGUGUCAGUCUGGUGUAGAAGGAUUGUUCUACUUAGUUAUUACCAUCACCAGCUGGGUGUUCUGUGUGCAAGGAGUCUUAAAUAUUAAUUUUAUUUCCUCUGACUUGUGACAUUCAACUCUGUCAUUUUGGGGACUAUUAGGGCGUUUGAUACCUUAGUUUUUAACAGUUUGUUCCAGGUUACACCAGGGGAAUGGCUGUAUGCAUGUUUUAGCAAGGUCACAUCUUUUGAAUCAUGUAAGACAAAGCAAUCUUCACUUGCUUAAAGAUAAAGCCACAUUUUUUGGCACGGUUCUUCACCGUACUGUUCACCAGUAAAUGUCCAUUGUUUCCCCUUACUAAUAUUGUCCCUCGAAUGACAGCAAAAUAAAAUGUCAACACACAGUCCAAUGUAUGAUUUCUCUCCAGAGCACAGACAGUAUAUGCUGGUGUACCUGUUAGAAUGAAAUGAACUCAAUUGUUUGUGUUGUUUUGUUAUUGUGUCUAUGGGAUACAAGUGUCAUAUCUAAGACUGUUGCUAGGUUAUCAAGGAACGAUGAUGACUAGAAUGUGGAACGUAAAAUUGAAGAAAACAAAUGUGAAACGAAAAUGUUAAUUGUUUGAUUAUAAUGUACGUAUAGUUGUUGUAUUUCCAUUUUGAUUUGCUUUUAUUCAGGGUUCGCACAAGGUGCUUGAGGUGCUUAAAGUACUUGAAUUUGGCACUCUGAAAUUCAGGUACUGGAAUACCUUGAAAAUCAGACAAUUUCUCAAGUUGGUACAUGAAAAGUACUUGAGUUAAAAUGAGAGAACAGAAAAUUAACAAAAUACGUUAAUGAAUAAUAAUAGUAGAAAAAUGUAUUGGUCUUGCAAAUUAAUUUCCAGGCAGACUACCGAGUGUUAUUUCCUCACGUUUCGCGCUCUGGUUGCCAGGCAAGCUCGCUCAUUCCACCCACACUGCCACUCAGCCAGGCUAGUGCAGAACUGACUGAUUAGGCGCCGCCAAACCUCACAUCGAUAACUAAAACAGCAGGCAAAUGUAGAUUCAAUACUGCCUUUUGUGCAUAUGGAACAUUUCUGGGAUCUUUUAUUUCAGCUCAUGAAACAUGGGACCAACAUUUUACAUGUUGCGUUUUAUAUUUUUUGUUCAGUAUAGUUUACCCACCUUUUUUAAAAUGUACUUCUUCACCACUACGUCACUGGACCCAACCAACCCACACCGUGUAAGGUGC